CCAGAGAGGACUGGAAGCGCAGGAGGAGGACCGUCACAAAGGAACAGAGCAGCAGCGCCGGAGGAACGCCUCCAAACAUCUCAUCCUUUACGUUAAAGCCCGUUGAUUUUAUGCGUCGCCUUUACAUAGAUAAUUUCCGGAAUUUGCAGGUAAAUCAGUGUAGUGUUUUAUCCGAGGGAAACGGCCUCAUCCUGACCGAAUAUCCGCCAGAAUUUCGGGAAUAACCAAGGAGUUGUUACACUCCCCGAGCGCAAGGCUUGCAUCGUGGCUCUUUCAGAAGUGGCAUGCUCGAGGGAUACUGCGGACACAAUUGAACUCCUGCUUUCACCCAAAGAGGAUUCAAUGAAAAUGUCCGUGUGCGUCCAUGAGAACCGGAAAUCACGAGCCAGCACUGGCUCAAUGAACAUCUACCUGUUCCACAAGUCCUCCUAUGCUGACAGCGUCCUAAUGCACCUCAACUCACUGCGACAGCAACGGCUUUUCACAGAUGUCCUGCUUCAUGCCGGUAGCCGCUCCUUCCCCUGCCAUCGUGCAGUGCUGGCCGCCUGCAGCCGUUACUUUGAGGCCAUGUUCAGUGGUGGACUGAGGGAGAGCCAGGCUAGCGAGGUCGACUUCCGUGACUCCAUCCACCCCGAGGUUUUAGAGCUCCUGCUGGAUUACGCGUAUUCGUCACGUGUAGUCAUCAACGAGGAGAACGCAGAGUCGCUUUUGGAGGCUGGGGACAUGCUGGAGUUUCAGGACAUCCGGGAUGCCUGUGCUGAAUUCCUGGAGAGAAACCUUCACCCAUCUAACUGCCUUGGCAUGCUGUUGCUGUCUGACGCUCACCAGUGCACCAAGCUGUCAGAGCUCUCCUGGGGUAUGUGCCUCAGCAACUUUCCAGCUAUUUGCAAGACAGAGGACUUCCUCCAACUGCCCAAAGAUAUGGUGGUGCAGCUUUUGUCACAUGAGGAGCUAGAGACAGAAGAUGAGAGACUGGUUUAUGAAGCUGCCCUUAACUGGAUCAACUAUGACCUGGAAAAGAGGCACUGCCACCUUCCAGAGCUCCUAAGAACGGUCCGUCUGGCCCUGCUGCCUGCCAUCUUUCUCAUGGAGAACGUUUCUACCGAAGAGCUGAUCAACGCCCAGCCCAAGAGCAAGGAACUGGUGGAUGAAGCUAUCCGUUGUAAGCUGAAGAUCCUGCAGAAUGAUGGCGUCGUUAACAGCCCAUGUGCUCGGCCAAGAAAGACCAGCCAUGCCCUCUUUCUGCUGGGAGGGCAGACGUUCAUGUGUGACAAGUUGUACCUGGUGGACCAGAAAGCCAAAGAGAUCAUCCCUAAGGCUGACAUUCCCAGCCCCAGGAAGGAGUUCAGCGCCUGCGCUAUCGGCUGUAAGGUGUACAUCACUGGUGGGAGAGGCUCAGAGAAUGGUGUGUCCAAAGAUGUGUGGGUCUAUGACACCGUCCACGAGGAAUGGUCGAAGGCGGCACCCAUGCUUAUUGCCAGGUUUGGCCAUGGCUCUGCAGAGCUGAAACACUGCCUCUACGUGGUAGGAGGUCACACAGCAGCAACUGGCUGCCUCCCAGCCUCUCCGUCUGUAUCACUCAAACAGGUGGAGCAGUUUGACCCAGUGGCAAACAAGUGGACCAUGGUGGCUCCUUUGAGAGAGGGUGUGAGCAAUGCAGCAGUGGUCAGCGUCAAGCUCAAGCUCUUUGCAUUUGGAGGAACCAGUGUGACCCAUGACAAGCUGCCGAAGGUGCAGUGCUAUGAUCCGCAGGAGAACCGAUGGUCUGUGCCCGCGUCCUGCCCGCAGCCGUGGCGCUACACAGCCGCUGCCGUGCUGGGAAACCAGAUCUUUGUCAUGGGUGGGGAUACAGAGUUCUCAGCAUGCUCAGCUUAUAAGUUCAGCAGUGAGAGCUACCAGUGGACUAAAGUGGGGGAUGUGACAGCCAAGCGAAUGAGCUGCCAGGCUGUGGCGUCGGGGAACAAACUGUAUGUGGUUGGCGGGUACUUUGGCACGCAGCGGUGUAAAACUCUUGACUGCUAUGACCCCACACUGGAUGCUUGGAACAGCAUCACUACUGUGCCAUACUCGCUCAUUCCUACUGCUUUCGUCAGCACCUGGAAACAUUUGCCUGCUUGAGCCCCAAACCUUCUACCUACACCCUUUCCAUGAGAUUUCCCUAUUUUGCAUCAUCUACUGGACUCCAACUGUGAACAAGCACACAUUAUCUUCCUCUAAAAGAGACACUGAGCAGUGAUGUACAGACACCCGCAUUCAUCUUGAUGUUGCAAAGAUGCAGAAAGCAGAAACUGGACAAAGCUGGACACUUUACUGGAAUGAUGGCAUCUCUGGUUUCCGAGACAGAAGCUGAGGCGUGCGGUGCGGUAGUUCACGCAAACAAACCAAACAAACUGCUGCUUGUUAUGUGAGGCACAAACUUCCAACCUUGUGUACAUCAGUCAUAUCAGGCUCGUGCUUUCAUGCUGCCAUAAGAGGACUGCAAACAUAUCACACAACCUGUAUUUUCCCCCAUUUAGUCUUGACAGGCUUGUGAGGAUCUGUAUUGAUGUUUUUCUCUAUGAUAAAAAAAGAAGAAAAAAAUGCUCUUUUCAUCAAGGCUGCACUGUAUAGCAUGAUGGAUGUUCUAUUUAGACUGAGGGAGGGAGAAUGCAAUGAUUGGUGUGCUAAAGAACAGUUCGACUGAAUAUAACUGAUUUAUAAAAGGCACAAUGAAGGAGCAAAUCUCCCCCUUCUCUUCUCUAAUAAGCUCUUUUGUUUGGCCCCUUGUAUGUUUUUUCUUCUUCUUUCAAAGACAUGCUUCUAACAGCUCUGACACAAACAAACCUCCCGAGUGUUCCUCUUAUGAAGCAGUUUGCUGUCACUGCAAGCCACCAGGUGUUGACGACCAACACCAGCGGAGGUUGAGGAGGACGGAGGGGAUCUGUGCAUGCACGACGGGGGUCAAGGUGCCUCGGGGUCACGACCUUACGUGUUUGCUGUUUCGCAGCUAUACGUUGAGUGCUGGUUAACUGACCCACUGUACACAGGGGUGGUAUUCAGUGUUUGGAUUCAGCGCUUCAGAAAGAACACUGUCACAUUCAGCUGUACACUUAUUGCUGUAAAAGACCGUCUGUGCUUCUGAUGUUCUGAUGAAAGCGGCAGUUCGCUUGCUGAGUCAUAGCUGAACCCUUUCUAGAGCAUGUCCACUCAUAGUGAUUCAGUAAAACUGGCAUGAACUCUUCUGUGUGGUCCCAGAAAUCUUGUCACCUUAACCUAAACUGAGAAUUAAUCUGUUUCUUUUUAAACUCGCUGCAAUGUAGUCUUAAUUUAUAUGACAAUGAUUACUCUGUUAUGUUAAUAUGUUUAAUCCUAUUUAUUUCUUCUCUGCCUGCAUUCUUAUGUGAAUGUAUGUUCGGGUUAUGUCAUGCAUGGCCAGGUGUUUGUGUUUUAUUUGAUCUCAGUUGGGCUGCAUUUUGCACAAUUCAGUCUUUCCCAGGAGGAACUUCUUUGAAAAGAGACACAGAGUGUGGAUGGGAGAGGGAGAAUGUCUCACAUUACUGAUGGUGUGACGCAGUUUAGGCCACAGGGUCACUGCCCAAAUAAGAAGACUGAAUGGGGUUUUCAUUUUUUACUUCUGUUAGAUUUAAGCUCUAACCAGGGUCCAAACUUGUCUUAAAUGGUCCCAUUGGGGCCCAACCUGUACCAACAAAACAAGAAGAUAUAAACUAUAAAACAGAUAAGGCUGCUACAAAUGGUGCAGUGUGUGACCCAGUAACUAACCCUGACAUGGUUAAAGAAUGCGACAGUCUUUGCAGCUGUCCUUGAGACAGCUGGAGGACUGUCACAUGUGCUAACUUGGCUCUUCUUUGGGGCUUAAACUCACAGUCUUCUUCACCAUUAGGUUGAGAGAGAGUUGAAUCCGGUAAGCUGUGCAUUGAUAAGGGCAGACACCGCAGUGCUUUUCACCAUAGUGUCAAUGAUGCACAAAAAAUAGAAGAAAAAAACAUUGCAAGUUCCUAAAGACCAAAAAGAAAGAAUGUCUUAAAGCCACUUUUCCACCAAACACUUUCGGUACAGUACCCUAAGAACCAGUAUAUAAACUGUGCAGAGAUGUACCUAAAUCCUAGGUCUGUUUAGUGUUUCCACCGCAGACACUACUCUUAAAUGUAGGUGGGGUUGUUACACAAUUGUAAUAGCUGCGUCAGUGCUCCAACCAGCUCUGUAUUUCCUCUUCUCAGGUGAUGCAGAGGAAAGUCUGCACCUUCCUGAUCGUCCAUGGAAUAGAGUUGCAUGCCAACAUUUUAAAAAAGAAAAAUAACAGGCUGGAGUGUUUACAGUCACAGUCGAUUGGAUAUUUAAAGACAGCGGGUUUUACAAUUCUCUCUUAAAUCAAUGGACUGCACCCUCUGAUGUCACAUUAGGUUUUGUUGUCCAUAUUUCACAAUUAAAUGUCCUUAUUUUAUGUCAAGGUGACAUUGGCAUGAAACGUUUUGAAGACACUGGAUUUUGGUUACAAAAGAACACAACUUAAAAACAACAAAAUAUCAUCUGUCCACACUACUCUAUGUCAAACUAACAUUGGCAAUAGACGUGCUGAUAUUGAAUUUUGGCCACCUGACUUCACAACCUAAAUUCAACCAAUUAUCAACGUCUAACAAAGCUGGUGGCCAGCUGGACAGUGUUUCUAGCUCCACCUUUUAGAAUUGGAUCAGUGUGUUUGGUACGUCAAAAGAGGGGUCACAUAAGAAGGGGUGGAACUGAACGGUGCUUUUGACCAUUGAAAAGCAAAACUGAUCGUUCUAAAGUGUAACAAAUUCAACUGAAGCGGACUGCUUGGUGGAAACGAGGCUAAACACUUGCAUAAUAAAUACUUGGUAACUCUAAUCAGUGUUUUUGUCUGUGUGUCUGUCUCUGUGACCUGAACAUUGACGUUUUACAAUUGAAUAUUAAUGGUAUCAUUGAAUUUCAAUGUAAGAGGUAAUGUUUUGGUGAAAUAUGUAUAUAUUUUUUCAAAUGUCCUCCUUUGUGGAUUCAUGAAACAGAUAUGUGGGGAUCAAUUGAUAAACCGCUCUGUAAAUUCCUGCUCAGUUCCUUAAGCCACCCAAAAGUUCAUCCUUUUAUUGGCUAUUUGAGGACUUCAAUGGAGACCCUUGGGGGCUCCAUAAUGUUGACCUCCUCCAACCACUGAACACAGAGCUUCUGGCCCCACCAAUCAGAUAGGAGCCUUUCUUUCCCACAGAAUGCAAGUUUCCCUGGCAACAGCAAGUAAUGAAUGCCCCUUCAAUUUGCACCUAAUUGCUGAGUGGCAUUUCCCAUUUCUACUCUUGCCCUCCGCUUAUCCUGUUUUAUGUGGAAAUCCAGCUGGCUCAGAUUGGAGCGCAGUGUCUUGCUUCACAUAAUGAUGUAAAUUAGACAGAAAACACUGUCAAUGCACAUCAGUUUCUUUUGUUUUUUGUCAUGUAAAAGUUUAAUUUCUAUUUUUAUGGCAUUAUUUUGUACAUGUGAUUUUUUUCACAAUGUGAAAUUCAUGGCUAAUAAACAUAAGAGUUUUUUCCUCUUGA